AUGCUGUCUAUCACCGAGAAGCGUGCUAUGAUCCAGCGUUCGGUCAUGGACUGGAGCAGCCCUGCGUAUGGAAGGCGUCCUUGUCCACCCAACCUGCGCACGGUAGCUGUGACAAAUCUGCCCAUGUCUGGUGAGGCAGCGCGGCACGUCUCGAUGUUUGUCAAAAAUCCUCCUUGCUGACGUGAAUCACGACACCUUGUGCAGUCACUGAAGAGCAUGUGGUCUACUUGCUACAACCUUUCGGCGAGAUCGUUGGCACCCGCUCGUCUGAAAAUACGGAUGCGCAUUGGGUCUCCGUCACCUUCAGCACUUUUGAGAGCAUGCGCCUCUCGCUGUGCGUCAAUAAACAAUUUCAUUUCGGACGCGAAAUGUGAGCCGUCAGCUUCACUUCUCUUCUUCGAUGCGUGGUAAUGCUGACCCAGCCUGAGUGCCGGUGACUUCAACAAGUGGGGCUCAACCAUACAUGGCUCUCUACUUGCCCUCUGACCAGGAGCUCUUCGAGCGCGACAGACAUCAGAGUAGACUAGCACCAACGGGACCUCACAGCUUUGUCCCACAAUUCUACGGCCAACAGCUACAGGCCGACGUGUUUGGUAAUCGUCAGGUGUCGAAGCUGAACGAUGAGGGCAAAGCCCAGGAGAAAGUCUUGUCCACCAACAUCUACGUCCUCAACCUCCCGCUGAAUGCUACCUCGGACAGCAUGGCGGAGCUCUUUGGCCACUGCGGCCUAGUGACGCACUGCGUCAUUCUCGCCAUCACUGACAGCCAGGCUCGUCGACGUGGCUUCAUCGAUAUGGGAGCUCCAUGGCAAGCACUUCGUGCGAUGGACACCUUCAAUGGCUACGUCUGGAAUGGAUAUCCGAUCGAAGUAUCUCAUGCAUUUGUGCAACGCAACGGAGGCCCUCUAGCAGACCACAAGUCGGAAGCAAUGAAGUGCAAUCUCUCGCGCAAUCGCUCCAGCGUCGGAUCUCGCAGAGCGCUCGAAGACAAUCGGUCGAUGUGGGGCUCAAAACAGUCGUGGGCAUCUUGGCAUCCUGAACCUCUUCAGCUUCGUGGUACCUCUCCAAGUGCGCACGGGUAUCUUGGACGGGACACAUCCGCCCUACCUUCGCCUCUUACACCACUGUCCAGCCGUUCGAGUCUCUUUUCGGCAGAGAGCGGUGGACAAGACAGCAUCAGCACCAACAAUUCGUUCAUGAUGCACAGCAACCCUUACCUUGGAGCGGCGCCCACCUACUUGGAUGCGCACUACAAUGGCUCUUCCAACGACUUGACUUCGCUGACCCGCGACCCCAUCACCAUCCUGGUACGCGGUCUGGAUCCCUCGGCCAUCGUAGAUAAUGAAGACUUUCGACGUGCGUUCGAGCCGUACGGUAGCGUCGGCACGUGCUCCCUCGCCAUUGAUGAGCAUCAGAUUCCCAGAGGCUAUGGGUUGGUGUCCUUCUGCGAAGCUGAAUCGGCCCGUCGGGCCUUCCAAGACAUCAAUGGCAAGGUGCGCAAUGGGAAGAUGCUCACGGCCGAGUACGUCGCCUACAGCUCACCACAGCCAAAGGAAAAGCCCAUCUCGGUGCCUGCAAGCGCUUGGUCGCCGCCUUGGAUGAAACCAGGGUCUGGCCAUCUCCGCUUCGGCCAGUCAGCGCCGAAUGAUCUGCAAGUCUACGACCAUCCGUCGAAAAUGCCAAGCCCGAGUGCUGUCAACAUCAAUAUGAGCGGACGUGGUCAAGCCCCUCAAGGCAUCCCCUUCCCAUACGGACCUCCGCACUUCAAUCAGCCCUACGCGCCUAGCCAAAGUGCGUACCGGUCCACAUCUCAAGGUAUGCCACACUGGAUGAAAGAGCAGAUGUGCACGAUGGGAGCCGCAAUGUCGUCGUCGACUACUGAAGCAUCAUUCGGCGCUGGCCCCCCGCACAACGCUCUCAGCCACCUCCUCGGCGAGCCGUUCGUCCCGACGCCAUCGUCUAACGCUCAUGCUUCGCAAGAUCAUCAUGCAGCAUCUGCUUCACAACCUCAGGCUUCUUUGAAUCCCACCACGAGAUCAGACAUUCUCGACGCCACGGCGAAAAGUCCACCAUCUGAGCUGGCUCUGUCGCGCAUGACGUUGGAGCCGUGGACACCGUCCGGCCAAUCGACUCAGACUGGUGCCACAAGUCCUGGUAGUGCUCUGAGCUACGGAAGCACAGCUACGAGCGCUUCUAAUCUUCAGACGCCGGAGAACACGUUCAGUCGCCGGAACAUCACCAGCAAUCAGACCUGGCCCUCGCAAGCACACGACGUGGGAGCCGGCGUGUGGUCGCCGACCACGGACGACAAACAUCUUCGCAUGUCUGGCUUCGACAGCUCGGCUCUACGUGCUCUGCAACAGGACAGUCCUCCUCACGUCCCGAGCAGGCGUCGCGCCACGCUGGACCCGGUUGGACACGAGCAUGCCACUGGCUCGCCGCCACACACUCUUCCCGACGAAAAGUCUGUGCUAGGAAUCACCAAUCUGCAGCAGUCUUAA